AUGCCGCUUUCUAUUGUUUUCUCAAGGUGUCAGAUCAACUGGGUGUAUGACGGCACCUUUCACAGCAACAGGCAGCUGAAGACAGUUGUGCUGACAGGAAACCUGCUUAUGUUUCUGUCUGACACAGCAUUCACUGGCCCACAUUCCCUGGAGCACCUUGUCUUGACAAAGACAGGAAUAACCAGUAUCUCUUUCUUUCCAAUGACAAAUCUGGACAGCUUAGAUACCCUCAUCUUGGACAGCAACCAAAAUCCUUCAUUGCAGCUUCUUCCCAACUUUCCCACUCAAAACCUCAAACGUACUGACUUUCAAACGAACAACAUAUGAGCAAUCACAGCAGUAGAUGUCCAUAUUCUGCAGAAUAUCAGCAAUAUUCUUCUUGAAAGGCAGUGACAUUACAUAUUGAACCUAGAGCCUUCCAGUCCCAUUUCUAGUUCAGACUUCGGGGGCUGUGCUGAUGUCUCUGGGGUCCUGGCAGGGAUACAGAACUCCACAACUGAGCCCCUUUGUCUGGGAACAUUUUAUAGUGAGGAAAAGGAUCCCUACAUAAGCCCAGAUGUUUUACAAAGCCUUAAUAUCUCUGUCAAGGAUCUCUAUUGGCAGUUACGGCAUUUCAGAAAUCUCAGUGCUGAUACAUUUCAGUGCUUAACCAAGCUCCAAAAACUGGAUCCAACCCAAAUCCACAUCCCUGCAUUGCGCCCUGGCAUCAGUGGCAGGAACUUGCUAGCAGAGUUAGUUCUCAUUAUAAACUCCUUUAAGCACCUCUGCAACAUCAACUCUGCUGCCUUCCCCUCCCUUACCUCACUUCACAUCAAGGGCCUGCAGCUGGGCUCUGGCUGUUUGAAGAAACUGGCAAAGCUUCAGACCUUGAAUUUAAGUCAGAGUCAUAUUGCAAGCUCUAAGUGCUGUAAUGAAGCGCUGAGUGGUUUGAGCAGUCUUCCUUACCUGAAUCUGAGCCACAACAUACAGCUCCAUCUGCAGGAUGUGCUCAUUAAGGACAGUCCUAACCUACAGCUGCUUGACCUAACCUUCACUCCUUUUCAUAUUAACACUUCACAGGGCCCUUUCUAAAAUUUGCAUAUCUUGCAAGUGCUGAAUCUUUCCUCCUCCCACACUAAUAUGAAUAUUCAGCAUCACUUUCAAGGCUUUGAAAACCUCAUGCUCUUGGACAUCAGUCAAAACAACUUUGGCUUGGGGAUCAUGCCAAAACACAAUCUGUUCCAACAGCUAUCCAAUUUAGAGGUGCUAAUAUUAUCAUCUAGUGAACUGACAACAAUAAGCAACCAAGUAUUUCACAGCCUCAAGAAGUUACACGUUGAUCUGAGCCACAACAAACUUACUGCAUUCAGCACAGAUGCAUUUUCAAAUCUCAAGAGUAUCUAUCUCAGUUUUGCCAAUAACAGGAUCCAUAUUGCACCAGGUGACAAACUAGUGUCCCUAGCUGGCCACUGCAUAAUCAGUUUAAGUUAUAACCCUCUGGACUGCACCUGCUCCAAUAUUGGUUUAAUCACCUCGUACAAGCCAAAUCUGAAUAAAAUAGAGGACCCUGAAGGAACAAUGUCAUCUCUGCUCUAUUUGCCUGCAAAAAUGCCGUUCAUAAGACAUCCUGCAAACAACGAUGCUGAACAGCACAGAAUAAGCUGUCCAUCGCCCCCAGACCAAACUGCAUUUCCUCAUGCAAUACCCUCUGCCAGCACAUACCUUAAGGGAUCCACUGAGUUGGCCCAAAAGAAGAAAAACCUUCCUGCCUCUGAGUAG